CUUUCUUUAUAACCCACCUCUCUUCCAAACCCCAUUUCUCCAAACAUUUUCCACUUUCCCAUUCUCUCUACAAACCAAACAAGGAAAUUAAAUGGACACUACAACAAGAAGAGGUCCUUUUUUCUUUGACAAAAACAAUGGUCUUGCCUCUCUAGCUAUAAUAGAAGCUGAGAUUUCAGAGAACAAUCAUCACAAUCACAACCCAUUGAUUUCUAGGCCUCUUUAUUAUACUUCUUUACAAAGGAAGAGUAGCCUUAGGAAUCUUUCAUCCAUUUCCUCCUCCUCUUUUUCUUCUUCUUCAAUGUCAUCUCCAAAAUUGGCUGGUGGCAGAAGGUUUUGUGAAACUAGAUUUGAAGAACAACAACCCCAUUUCUUGGAAGCUUGUUUUCUUUGCAAGAAACAACUUGGUAGUAACAAAGACAUCUUCAUGUACAGAGGGGAUACUCCAUUCUGUAGUGAAGAGUGCAGGCAAGAACAGAUAGAAAUGGAUGAAUCCGAGGAGAAAAGAUUGAAUCAUUCAGCUUCUGUAAAGGCCUUGAGAAAAAAUGACCAGAGAAAUUCCAGUAACUCUCCCGGUAAAACACAAAAUUACCCUUUUCCCAGAGACACGGUAGCUGCUGCUUGACUGAACAAAUUGGCCCCCCCCCAAAAAAAGUAACACUAUAGGAUGGAUCGAAGAAAGCUCAUUCCAUCAAUUAUCUACAAACAUCAAAUAAUUAAAGUAAACAGAAAAAAAGAAAAGAAAAAAAAGGCUACCAAUGAGACAAAGCUCAUUUGGUGAAAGCUAAAAGCGUCCUCUUUAUAGAGAAGGAUGAAGAAGGAGGAGAGUUAAUUAAUGACAAGAGCCUUUAAUUCCUUUCCAUUGUUUUUCUUAAUUCUUUAGUAAACCAUAUGUAAAUGAAUAUCGAAGGGGAGGGUGUUUUUUUUUUUUUUUUUGGCUAUAUCAUAACGACAGUGGCUCCUUUUUUGGUGGGCUACUCAAGUCUAUUUUUUUUUCUGAAGUUUUUUCACUGUUGAAAUGUGAAGCAAGGAUGAAUUUCUAGUUUU